AUGGCCAUCAAAGAUAAAAAUAACCGCAAUUGCCGUGACAUUCAUGUUGCCGCUAUUGCCUCCCCUCCUGCCAUCAUGGACGUGGCUCGGGAAUCGCAAGAUGGUAUAGGAAUAAUUGACUUCCUAGAGAGAAGGAACUUUCUCAUCACUGGUGCGACUGGGUUUCUUGCGAAAGUUCUCAUUGAGAAGAUUUUACGAGUCGCGCCCACCGUAGGGAAGAUCUUCCUGCUGAUCAAGGCAAAAGACGAACAAGCUGCCAUGGACAGAUUCAAAGGCGAGGAUGGUGAUGUCAUAAUAGGGUGUGAGUUGUUCAAGUGCCUACAACAAAAGUAUGGAGAAGGGUACACGAAUUUCAUGCUGAGCAAGCUCGUUCCAGUCAAGGGCGACAUUCGGGAGUUGAAUAUGGGAAUAGGGGACAAUUUGCUUUGCCAGAUAACGCAAGAAGUCGAUGUCAUCAUAAACUCAGCAGCCAACACGACUUUGGAUGAGAGGUACGACGCCGCUCUCGUUGCGAACGCCAUUGCGCCUUCUCGGCUCUUAAGCUUCGCCAAGAAAUGCAGGAAACUAAGCCUUUUCUUGCACCUGUCUACCACAUUUGUGAAUGGAGAGAGGCCGGGAAUAUUAAUGGAGAAGGCCUUUGAAAUGGGGGAGAGCAGAAUAGAUUCGUCGACUCAAAGCAAGUUGGACGUCCAUCACGAAAUAAAUUUGGUUUCAGAUUUAAUCGAAACACUCCCUCCAAAUGAAGCGCCUCAGAAAUUAAAGGAGGUUGGUUUGGCCAGGGCAAGAAUGUAUGGGUGGCAGAACGUAUAUCAAAUGACAAAGGCCAUGGGGGAGAUGAUGAUAAACGCAGGAAGAGGAAGAGUACCCGUUGUCAUUGUUCGUCCUAGCGUAAUCGAGAGUACUUUUCGACAGCCUUUUCCUGGGUGGAUUCAAGGAUACAGAGUACUCGACCCCUUAAUCUUGUCCUAUGGGAAAGGACGACUCCCUGGCUUCCUGGUCAAUCCCGACACGGUUAUGGACGUGGUACCGGCAGACCUAGUUGCAAACGUGAUCAUCGCGGCCAUGGCAAAGCACGGGACCGCCGCAAGUCCCAGCAUCAAUGUGUACCACGCUGCGUCGUCCACGGUCAAUCCGAUGACGAUGUGCGACAUGUUCAACUAUUCCCGCGACUAUUUCGCAGAGUCUCCCUUGACGGACAACCAAGGAGACGAGAUUCAAAUUGCCGACAUGGAGUAUUUCAGCUCAAUCGACAGCUUCUCCUCUUACAUACAGAAAGACAUCGCAGAGAAAAGUGGAUUGAGCAAAGAAAUUGGCCCUAAUUCAAACCCGAAGCAACGUUGCAGGCUCGAAGCAAGAUGCAAGAGAAUGGCAGAAAAUCUAAUUCACUUGGCUAAGUUGUACGAGCCCUACAUGUUCUAUCGCGCAAGGUAA